CAGCAGUGGGAGGAGGAGGAGCGGGUGAGAGGUCGGCCAGCUCCGGUCGCCCAUAGAGACGGAGGAGUCCCGAGUUGUGAGGGCGGCGGCGGCCGGAGCAGGGGCAAGAGCGACGAGGGAAAGAUCCACCAGCAGGAUGGAACUCAUUCAUAACCCAAGGCCUGCCUGUACUGGUUGUGAAGAAGAUAAUGAGGAAGAAAGCAAGGACUUUGCAUUCCUAUUGAAACAAGAGCACCAUUAAGUCAAAAUUCCCUGUAAAUAUAAAAUUUGCUACCAAUCAAGUGCAACAUCUCUGACAGAACAAGAACUGAACACUAGAUUGCCAAAUUCUCAGCUGGUGCUUUAAUAGCCAGAGUGUUCCUGACCUUUGAAGUGCUUGAAAGAGCAUACUGAAAAUGUCUAGCAAAACUUCUGGCACAACAAACAACAUAGCUCAGGCAAGAAGAACUGUUCAGCAGUUGAGAAUAGAAGCAUCUAUAGAGAGAAUAAAGGUGUCCAAGGCAUCAGCAGAUCUACUGUGCUAUUGUGAGGAGCAUGCCAGGAAGGAUCCUUUACUAAUGGGCAUACCAGCUUCGGAAAACCCCUUCAAGGAUAAAAAGACCUGUACUAUCCUAUAGGCAAAACUUCAAAAUGCAUUCAAGAUCCUUCCCUGCAAAACCAAUCAAGCAGAUUCUUAGAGAAUUAACAUGAAGGUCACCUGGUACCAACUGCAUAAAACAGCUCAUUUACAUAUAAUGUAUAAAUGAACAUUUUAAGUUUUCUAAAAGGUCUCUUUAUAGCAUUCAGAGUAGGGAUGCAAGGUUUAUAAAAUUAUGUCAUGUAAACUGGGAUGGUUCCAAGAACAUACGUGGAAAUGGGUUUCUGUUGGCUUUUGUGGGGAUGAGUGUUGGGGUGAGGUAGGCUUUACUUUGAAGUGCAAUGAGUCUUCACAGUUUCAGGUGUUAGGCUGAAUAACCAAAGUUGCCUGAGCUUCAUUUACAGAACAGUGAGGCAGACAAGCAUAGACUCCUAAUCAAGCUUACUUUUACAUUUGAUUUUAUACCUGUGUAUAUCCUUGUAUAUGUAAUUGGUGUCUAUAUCUAGGGUGUGUAUGUAUGUUUAUUUAGGUAUGUACACACAUUCCAAAGUGCAUUCUUUAAGUGUGCCCUUCAGAGCUACUUGCUGUAGUUCAUGCCUUUACCAUCAAGUAUGUCUUAAGCUUUUCAUGGGGUCUUAAGAGCCUGUAAACAUAUUGCUAGUACACAUUUUACUUCCCAAAAUACUUUUGAAAGGUAACAAUUGCAACUAUUGGUUCUGUCUUUCUCAUGUUUCCUCUGAAAUUUAGACCCUACUAAAUAGCACUUAGUUUCUGAAAACUGCACCUAAAAUUUCUCCUCCUUUUCCAUUGGGCCUUAAGAGAUCCAUAAUCUGUUUAUUGUGUAAUGUUUCAUACACAGUUCCUAAUGAACUGAUUUUUGGAAACAUCCAGGCUUUUCUUACUUGGAUCACUAAACUCAUAUUUCACAUAUGCCAAAUAAUAUCUAAAGAAGAGUGCGAGAUUCUGGGAGUAAUUCAUUAUGCUGGUGCUGCUGCACAAGACCCAUUGAAAGCAAUUAUUGUUUUGGAGAAAAGCUUGAAGGAUAGCAGCAGAUCUCUGAGCAAUGUAAGCUUUGUUAAAAUAUUUGUGGAUACUACAUGUGCUGAUCAAAUGAUGAAAGGAAAGAAACAAUAUUGACUUCUUUUAAGCCAUACACAUAUUAGCAUUCCAUUGUUUGCCAGUCCUGCCAUAGCUGUGUCUUUAUAGAAGUUGUUAACUCUCUGAAGGUUUGUUUUUUUGUUUGUUUUCGUUUGGGGCAUACCAGACUUGUUCCACAUGGAAGAGACUGGAGACACGUAUCUAGAGUCCCUUAACAGCAGAAGCCUAGUAGCAAAGGCAUGGUGUUUCCACUAAAAAAACUAGAGCAUCCAUUUGCAGUCAGCCUAAAGAUAAAGGUAGCAUGUUGAAAAGAGUUAGAUUUCUUUCUUUAAAUCUGCUCUUUGAAAGGCAUACUAAAAUAAAAAUCCAAAACACCUGGUUUUAUUGCGAGUACAGUAUGAAGUUGGUUGCACAGCCAACAGGUCAAAAGCCCACCCUCCUCACAGGUGCUUUUUAUAGUACUAGCCUGAAGCUGCAGGAUCAGGUUCUUGUAGAUUUCUUUCUUAAUGCUGCAUAAUUAAGGUAAAAUAGAUAAUAUUAUCAGUAUUUAUGAACAAUAUCCAAUAUUUCUGUAUUUAUGAACAAUACAGAUUUCUUCCCUACUCCUCCCACCACCACUGCCACUCCACAUUACUGCUUGUUUCUCAUAUCACCAGAUUUUCUUUUCACGAUUAGGUUUUUUUUCUAAAGGCAGCUUUAGAAAUGAUGUGAAAAAUACCCACAGUGAUUUUUUCACCAUAUUUCAAUCUGCCCUUUCAUAAUUAAUAUUAGGUAGCAAUAUUCAUUAAUUUGAGGGAGAAUAUCAAUAUAUGAGGUACCUAUUGGAACUGUUUUGCUUGCUCUCUGGAAAACAGGACAUUUAGAACUGGAGGUUUCUUCUCUGAUAAUCAAGUCUCUGAUAAUGAGCAUGCUUCCAAAUGAAUAUACUUGGUAGGAUCACAUUCUGAAAUAGCUGACUUUCUUUCUCUGUUAGUUUAUUUUAAGAUAUUGGGCAGCUGUUGAUUUGUGUGAGAGAGACAAAUCUGCUUUUCUAAAGGCUAGUGCAUGGUAACAACAACAUGGGUUGACUUGCAUUUUCUGUAGAUUUGUAAGUGUUCAAUCAGUCACAUCAUUAGUUUACCAUUUGUCUGGAUUAUGAUGUCCGCAUAAUGGAAAUCUUUGAAAAGUAUUUUGAAUCUGGAUGCAGUGACUCAAAAUCUAGAUAUAUACUGAAUUGUUUAUGAAGCUAAUGCAGCUGGUAAAAAUCAGUAGAUCAACAUGGGUUGGCUUUAACCAAUGAAAAAAAUACUGCUUCACAAGGCCAUAAGCACUGGUGAGGCAUGGAAAGUAUAGAAGCUGUAUCCAUAUGACACCGUGUGGUAUUUUGUCUCUCUGGCAACAGAAUUGGCAUUCAUCCUCAUAAGCCUUGCUGAGGAGAGCCUGUGUGUGCAGUCCUGCCAAGGGACAACUCCCUUGGCAUACGUUUGUGUCUAGUGCUAGCCAUAAAUCUGUGGUGCCUAUCUAAAGACAUCAUGCUAGCUUCCAAAAAGCUGAAUUCGAGCCUCAGAGCCUGUACUUUUUUCCCUACUCCCCACCGCCACCCCACAUUAUAUCCGUAUAUCAAUAUUUUUCAGAAAUUAGAACUUUGUCCUUUCUAAAACCCUGUCAUUAUUUACCAAAGUAAUGCUUUUGAAAAAGCUACUUCUUAAUGUACUAAUCAAUUUGGUACUUUCAUAUAAAAAGAAAUAUGCUAUUUCAAUGAAUGCAAUCAUUGUUUUAAUUACAUGUAUGCAAACAAAGCAUUAUGAUUGUACACACUACACUGUCAUCAGCAAAUGUUGCUGUGUAUGCUUUAAUGUAGAAUAAUCUGGGCACAUUCUAUUGCUGUUUACCCUCUUCAUCUGAGUCUAGUUGGUCAUAUCUUUACACCUUAAAAUCUGGAUACAGCUAACUACCCAGUACAGCUGUAACCUAUUUAAACUAUCAUCAAAUAACCAUAUGUAAAACUAUUAUAUUGCAUAAAUAUUACAUGCCUGUUGUUAAAGCCAGUGUUAAAAUGUGGCAACCUAGGCAGCUGAUGUGGAAUCUAACUAGAACCAUCUAGCCAUCAAGGAGGGAAAAAAACAGUCUUGCUAAGUAAGAAUUUCAGGAGAGAAAGGAAGGUAUUGCUUAGUGAUGCAUUGCAACUGACCACCAACAGUUGUUUUCUAAUCUUCUCAACUUUCUUCUCCUCUUCCUGUCCCAUAUUUUCCUGAAGUGGGCCCCCAGAUCCAGAACCUGUUUUCUUUGGCAGGGAGAUUGUUUUCACUGAUAGCAAUGCUAUUACAACCUAAGUGUAUUUUUAAAGUACCUUUUGUAUGUUAACAUCUUCAUAUGUGUUUCUGCACUAAGACAAAAUGGGAUGGAUCCAAAUGUGCCCUUCUGCAUGUGGCAGAAAGUGUCUUUUGAUUACUGAAGGACUGUUUUACACCUCAUGAUAGAGAGUAGUACAGGAAAAAGUUAACCAAGGUUGCAAUCCUAUAUACCUGGGGUGUAAGGCCUGUUGGCCCCAAUGGACUUCACCAGCAGUGCUUUAGAUUUUUAUUACACAUAUGUAUUUUACUAAGUGAAAGAGGAGUAUUAAAGUAUCAUGUAAUAAACUGCAGGGACAUAAUUUUAAUCCAGUAAAAAUCGUGCCAACUUUGUAUUCAGAAAUGCCUUUUGACUUUAAAAUCACAUAGAUUGAAAACCUGGCCCAAAUUUCUUCAUUGACUUAAUUAUAGCAGUUUGUAGUCAUAGCAUCCAUAAAUGGAGCACCAAAGUACAGCUAACUGCUUUGGGUAACUUUUGUCAGGUGUUUGGUAACUGAGAUGGAUUGCCGCUUUUUCUCUGGCUGUCCAUAAUGUGUUCUCAUCUUGCCAUGCACCGUUGCUCCUUUUGUGAGAGCAGACUGUGGUGAGGGUAUCAUAUAACAAAAACAUAAAAGAUGUUGCCUUCAUAAGCCGCUCUGCUUCUCAUUCUCCACUUAUUUCAGCAGAAUUUGAAUGGAGGUUAUGCAGCAAUGGUGCUUAAAUAAUUGUAUCCAAAAUCAUUGAACAUGGAAAAUUGAACCAUCUAAAAUAAUAACUGUAAAAUCACUGUGAGGUUUUGAAAUUUAUGAAACUUAAUAAGAGUUUUAAGCAAACUGAACCACUACUAUGUGUCUUGGUGCUUUGGUUAGAAAUCCUCUGUAGUAAAUUACUACUUCAGAAAAUGUUUAGUGUUUUCUUUUUGUUCUUUUUAAUGUAAUUGAUUUCUUACAGGCAAUUUUUUCUCUGGGUUUUUCUUUGAAUGCUUUUGCAAAAUUUUGUUUUGUAUUAUCAUUGUAAUCACAGAGUGACAAGCAUAAUACCAUGAUUUGCCUUUGUGGGGGGAAAAUAUGUAAAAUUCUUUUAACAGAGCUAACUUGUUCUUGCCUUUCACAAGCAAUCUGUCUCUAGUAAGAUUGCAUACAUUGUGCAUUUUCAUAUAUUGUGAUAUUUUAUUGAAAGAUGGCUUAUUGUAGCCAUGAGAGGUGUUUAAAAAACUUGUAAUUAAGAUUCUGGUCCACAGCUAAUAUAUUUAGUACCAUGGAUAUGAAACACGACAAUUAAAUAUCAUUUCUUUUCA